UUAUGAAGAUAGGAAAGACUCGCUUUGUCAUGACGGUCAGAUACAUUAAGGAGCUGGAGAUCAGAGGCAAGACGAGAUCGGUGACAACUCUGGACCUGCUAGGUGGCAGCACCAGUACUAUAACCCAACCAGAAAUGAAACCAUCGAUGAGAUCUUCCUCAACAUCGCGCAUGGACGAGAUGGUACUGCCACAUGCUGGCAGGGGCAAAAAACAACAAAAGGCUACCAAGACUAAGCAGAUGGCCAGCAAGAAGGGGAAAGUAACUUCUGCAAAAAACACUGGGAAACCAGGACCAAAAAAGCAAUCUUCAGUUAACGGCAUUCUGAGACCGUACCCGCACGUUGCCGUGGCGACGGAGUGGGCGACGACGGCCGUGCAGACGGACAUGAGGUGCAGCUCCAGUCAGACGGACUACAUGGACGUCGCUCGCUCACUGUCUUCCUCCACCAGCGCCACCACCACGUCGCACGCCACCAGCCCCCUGUUCUCAUACAGGAACGGGACACCAGAUGGCGCCGCACGGCAAGUGGCGGUCGUAGACGGGCGCGCGUCAGCGGCUGCGGGGAGUAGGGAACCGGAGGCGGGGAGCAGUCGGCCGUCUACGCCGUCGUCCGUGGUGAGUGAGGAACUCGACACUGGAGACGACAGCGGGACCAGACGAUCAUCCAUACACAGCGAACUGUCGCAGAAAGGAGCUAGUCGCCAGUCUAGAGCGUCAUCUACACACAGCGAACUGUCGCAGAAAGGAGCUAGUCGCCAGUCUAGAGCGUCAUCUACACACAGCGAACAGUCGCAGAAAGGAGCUAGUCGCCAGUCUAGAGCGUCAUCUACACACAGCGAACAGACGCAGAAAGGAGGUAGUCGCCAGUCUAGAUCCUCGUCUACACACAGCGAACAGUCGCAGAAAGGAGGUGAUCGCCAGUCUAGAUACGACCAUCUAGACUGGUGACUACCUCCUUUCUGCGACUGUUCGCUGUGUGUAGAUGAGGAUCUAGACUGGCGAUCACCUCCUUUCUGCGACUGUUCGCUGUGUGUAG